AAUAAACAGAUCAAAACAACCGUAACGGUAUAUAAGUAUAUAAAAAUAGAUACGCUCUAUAAUGUUGUCAUGUAAACGAUGUAUUAAGAAUCAUUUAAUAGUUUCAUUUAAUUGCUCAAACCGUAAGCAUACAGCUUCACACACUUCUCAGUUAGAAUUCUGAGAUUAAAAUGCAAUAUAUUCAUAAUAUAUUAAUAAUUUUAGUGAUUUUUACAUUAAAAAUAAAUUUAAAUAAUUGUACAAAACCUCCACCGUGGUUUAUGCAUGGCGAGUAUCUUUACUAUGUAAAUAUCGAACAAAAUUUUAGCUCUAAUUUUACACAAAGUUUGUGCAAUAAACAGGGAAUGUUAUAUACUAUAACAAGGGCAAAUGCAAUACAAUUAUUGCCACAUUUAAGGCAAGUUUAUGGAGAUUUUCCUGGAUUGUGGACUUAUAAUAAUGAGAUUUUUAAUGAAAUUCUAAAUACUCACAUGAAAAUGCGCUCAUGUUUUCAAUUUAAUGCGAAUUCCGAAACCUUUCAACCUGAAAAUUGUACAAAAAAGUCGGGUUAUAUAUGCAAAUUUACAUCUAAUGAUACUCAGCAGAUUUGUGACAAAAAGGACAUGAUGUACACCAUUAUGAAAUCAGAGGCGGAUGCUGUAUUUACACAGAUUGAAGAAAUUUAUGGUAAAAUAUCGAUAUCUGUCUACUAG